GACGUUGGUGGUCAUUGGCGGUAGUGCAGGCGGAAGCUGGCCACCUGUUGGGGUCAUCGAGGUAUAUACGUCGUCUCACCUCAUCUCGUCAACUUGACCAUCGAAGUCCACCAGUUCCUGGAAAGUUUCCAGUCACGGCGUUGCUUUUGUCGCUAGCAAGAGCGCAAGUACAUGGAUAAACUAAAGAAGGUGCUGAGCGGUGAAGAUGAGGAUAAUAACACGGACGAGAGCGGAAUACUGGAGAGAGCCAGUCAGGCAUCGACGUUGGCCUGGGGGACAAGGAUGAAAGGCUUCCUACUGUGUUUCAUUUUGGGGAUUCUGUGCUCCAUUCUGGGCACAUGUAUGCUGUGGUUGCCUGGGUUUGGUCUCGCUGUGUUCGCUGUCAUGUACAGUGUUGGAAACCUCUGCGCUUUAUCCAGCACCAUGUUCCUGAUAGGACCGUGCAGACAGUUAAAGAAUAUGUGUGCUAAAGAACGAGCGUUGGCCACGACCAUCAUGCUGGUAUGUCUGGUGCUGACGUUGUGUUCAGCUUUUUGGUGGAAUAACAACGGCCUUGCCUUGCUCUUCUGCGUCUUGCAGUUUGUGGCGUUCAGUUGGUAUGGCCUGUCUUACAUCCCAUUUGCCAGGGACGGCAUCAUCAAAUUGUGUUCCAUCUGUUUCUAAAAUAUCCGAGUGCCCAUUCAGGAUGCUGCAAGUCUUCAGGCCAGCUGUCAGGUGUGCUUUCCAAAGGGGAAAAAUUCUGUCUGUAUAUCCUCUGUGUUACUUGUCUGCCUGUUUUCAGCAUGAAAUGUCUUUUUUUUUUUUUCAAAUAAUAUGCCCACUUUUUUUCCUUUUCAAUGAUCUAUUAUUUAUUCUACAAAUGUUUUUACAUUUCACAGCAGGUUUUUACAUGUUUUAUCUAGUAUGCUUCUUUGUUAUCAGUUACGUAAUUGUUCAUUUAUUAAAGAACAUACAGGGUCAACCUGUAUUCAGUGUAUCGUGGUAGGACAGAAUUCUCAUCUCAAAGUGCCAUUUUUUUGCAUGUACUGUAAAGGGGCAUAAUGACUAGCUUUGUAUAAUCUACUUGACGGUCGGUGCGGGAUUCAUUCUCAUUCUGCUUCUGAAUGUCCAGAUAUUUCAGAACAAAGUGUCCAUUUCAUUUUUGGGAAUAUUUAUCGAAGUCUAUUUUAAGAACAUUUUUUU